GACAGUCCGGCAGGCCAGGGGCUGCAGCUAUUGGGAGUUUGCACCCAAGGCCCCCCCUCCCUGCCCCAAGGUCACACCAGUCCUGAAGCUGGAUGUCCUGCCCAUGUCACAAAGAGUCAGGGCACUUUCCAUUGCCCUGAAAAGUUGAUGGGUGACAUUUGCCCAGAGAAGUCAAGCAACCCUCCCAGGGCAACACAGCAGGUGCUGGACCUCACCCACACAUGCCCUGUACUCUGACCUUCCCCCAGCAGCAUGAGUGACCCGGAGCCACCCACUAAGACCACCGGGGUCAACACCCCCACCUGGCCUACUCAGCCCACGUACAGCAACCUUGGUGAGGUCCGUGCCCACCUGCUGCCUUCCAAGCCCUGCCGCCCCAGAACACCGGAGCCUCCCUUGGCUCACCCGCAGCCCCUGCCCCCACCCCUGCCCAAGAAGACCUUGACCAGGACCCAGUCGCUGCCCACCCACAAGGCGCCCAGUCCCAGCCCUGUUCAAUCAGGGCAGCAUCGGAAGCCGCUUCUGGGAUCCCUCAGUGUGGAUGAGAGCAGGGCAGGCGACCAGAGGGUGGAGCCAGCCCGUCCGCCUGCAGAGCUGCCCUUCUGCUCGCUGGACACAGAACUGGGCCUCUCCCUCCACGACCUGCACCGCCCGGAGGCUGUGCACGCAGCGCUGGAGGCCAGGCAGCUGGAAGGCCUGCGUGUCGUGCACGCCCGGCUGCACGCCCGGCUCCUGGGGGGCCGCCCGGGCCCCUGCCGCCCCGGCCACGGCUUCCGCCUUUUGGACAGCUCGCCCUGCUUGGAGAGCGGGGACGCCCUGUACUACCGCCUGGUGCGCGCGGAUGAGGAGGCGUGGCACCUCCUGGCUGCCAAGGUGCCCAAGCCGGGAGCAGAGGAGCCCCACCCAUGGGGCCUGGAGCUGCAGGCCUUGCUGGCCCCACAUUUCAACCUCCAGGGGCUGUGUGGGCUGGUGCCUGAGGGUACACUGCCUGAGAUGUCCUGGAGGGGCCCCGUGGCCCUGGCGACGGAGGUGCCAGAGCUCACGGUGGCCCAGUGGCUGGUGGAGGCGGGCACACAGCCGCCCAUGAAGUUCACAAGGGCCGUGGCUCUGCUGCUGCUGCAGCUGAGCAUGGCCCUGGAGCACCUAGAGGCGCAGGGUGCAGCCCUGGCCGAACUCCGGCCUGAGAACUUGCUGCUAAUGUCCCCACGGGGCUGUGGGGCCACUGGACCCCCACGCCUGCUGCUGGCAGACUUUGGCCGCGUCCACCCAUGUCCCCAGGGCCCACUGGGCGCCCACGCACGGCAGCUGAGCAGCCUGCUCCGAAAGCUGCUUGGUCCCCGAAAGCCCUUGGCCACGCCCUUGGCUGUCGGCCUCGAGCACCUGGCGGUUCAGCUGGCCCGCGUGAGGCCCUCUGCAGCCCAAACGCGCUGUGCACUGCAGGUGCUGCUCUGGGGACCUGAACAGGAGCUGCGUGGCCGCAGAGCCCAGCUGGGGCCCUGGCUGCUGGUGCGGCGUGCGCUGCUGGUCCUGCACCUGGCAGAGCGGGCUGUGGGUGGGGAGGUGCCCCACCUGGAGGACUGGCUGUGCUGUGAAUACCUGGCCCAGGCCACUGAGGCCUCACUAGACCUUGCCCUAGAGCUGCUGUGGGACUGACCUUUCCUAUGAGUGAUACACCAGUUCCAGGCCUCUCCAAGAGACAGGCUCCCCUUCCCAGGGUGGGGUGGUGGCCGGUAUCUCCACCAUAGUGAGGACACCCCCUUCCAGAAGGGGCCAGAAGGCCAGCAGAGAAUGCGGCCAGACACUGAGGGCCCAAGUCCUCCCCAGGAAUGCAGGUCCCCUGCUUCUGGGGCUAAGGGCUAUUGGCUGGUGCCUGCAGAGGCAUUCUGAUGCCAGUGCUGCCCACCCCACUUCAGGUGGGGAACCCCCUGCCAAUCAAUGUCUCUCAGUGUGUGGAACCCUCCCCCCACCGCCCCCCACUCUCCAGCAGAAGCCAGAGUGCCCUCCUGGUACCGGGGUCUGAUGGUCACCAUCUCCAUGACAGUGUGGACACUCCUCCAUAUGGAGGCACUGGAGGGACUUCCAGUCCUGGAGCAAACCCUUGUGCUGAGGACAUCAAGUGUGAACAUCCUUGUCAAGACCUGCUUGGGGCCUCCAGGGAAGGGAGGCUCCCCAGAACCUGAGCCAGCCAGCCCACCCAAGUGGAGUCUCUCCAAAGGUUCCCAUGCCUGCCCCCAUAGCAGCUGCCUAGCUGCUCCUCUGUGAACUAAAUUCUGUCCAGCCACCAAGUCUUUGCAUGAACUGUUCUCUCUGCCAAGCUCUGAAUCUUACCUAUUCUAAGCAAAUAAAGUUGUACCUCCCAGGC